UUUUUGCAUUUCAAAGGCAACUAACACCCUUUUCCUUUCUCUUUCUCUGACAGAAGACUAAAAAAACCCUCUGUUGUUGCGUUGUCUGUUUUUUUCUCUCCAAACCAGAGAGCGACCGCCGGCGAGCCUCACCUCGCCGGAAUUUCGCUCCUCUCUCACCGGCGUUGGGCCGGAACCUCCCUUUUUCUGAUUUCAGCUUCCAAUUUUGAUUGUUUUUCUUUUCUCACCGUGUGAAGAAGCUGUUUUCGUGCACAAACUGUUGGUUUUCCUUUUCUUAACGGUGAGGAACCUAUGAGAUCGCAAUGCGGAGGGAAGGAGGUUUUUUUGGAUGCAAACAUUGUGGGAUCUCUUGUUUCUGAAUUUCCUAUGUUGUAAAGCGUUUACGAGAUUCAAUUUUUAGUUUGUUUCUUCCUCGUUCUUCUCGAGUUCUUAUGAGGAGUGUGCUGAAUUUUGUGGAGGAACGUAGGGAAGAAAGGUAUCUGAAUUUUUCGAGCGUGCGAGGUUGUGUUCAUGUUGAGAAGAUGAGGAGGAAUCGAGCCUAACAAAGCUAGCAAGGGAGGAGGUUUUCAGUAAUAUUUCUCUUUCCAUAUUUGAAAGACAAGCUGCAGGAUGCCUUUUGAAAUAAUGGAGCAGAGGGGUGUUUCUGCCUCAUCCCACUUUUUGGAUGAAAUUUCAUAUGCUUCCGAGGUAAUUAUUAAGCUAACUUUCUCGGUAUUUUCAAAAUUUAUCAUACGAUCUUGACAAGUUAAUGAUAUUCAGUUCCAUAAAACAUUUUACAGUCUAAGACUUCAGUUUUAUUUUAAAAAAUGGCAAUCAAUUUAUGUCCUCCAUGGGCUCAAUGUAAUUGCCUUUCUGACUUGUGGUUUUCUAAACUUGUGUUGAACCUUUAUGGCCAGAAGAAUCUCGGAUUACGGAAGCCAAAAUCUAUUCAUGACCAUUUUCUGCAAGGGAAGAGUGAAAUGGCGGCAUCACCUGGCAGCAUUUUGAGUACUUCAUCACCCCUUGAAACAAAUGCAAAAACAGGCUUACCAAUGUCACAGAGUAGUCUAUCCGGGGAAAUUACAGAAGAUGUACGUUUUGGCGGAGAAGCAGGCAUUAUAGAUAUGCUAAAGGAUUCUGUGGAUUCAUUCAAUUAUCAUAAAAAAUCACGGUCUAAAGUGCUGAGGCAGCCAGCAUCUAGCUCAUAUGGUUUAAUUGGGAACAAGAUUGUCACCAAUGCUGCAUCACGUGAAAGUAGUCUAUUCUCAAGCUCGCUGUCUGAGAUGUUUAGCCAAAAGUUGAGGUUAUUGGGGAAUGAUUUGUUGUCCGAUCAACCCAUUACUGUUGGUUCCCUUCCUGAGGAAGAACCAUAUAAAUCUGUUGAAGAAAUUGAGGCUGACACUAUUGGAAAUCUCCUUCCUGAUGAAGAUGACCUAUUUUCUGGAGUCAAUGAUGAGUUAGGAUGCAGUGCUCAUACUGGAACAAAUGAUGAUUUUGAAGAUUUUGAUUUGUUCAGCAGUGGUGGAGGCAUGGAGUUAGAAGGAGAUGAACAUCUAAUUUCAGGAAAACAAACCACUUGUGUGGAUGGAGAUCCUGAUUGCUUUGGAUUUUCUAAAGGAAAAAUUCCUUUUGGUGAACAAUCUUCUAGAACACUUUUUGUUAGAAACAUUAAUAGCAGUGUAGAAGACUCUGAGCUUAAGGCUCUCUUUCAGCAAUAUGGUGAUAUCCGAACCAUUUAUACUGCCUGCAAGCAUCGUGGAUUUGUUAUGAUUUCUUAUUAUGACCUAAGGGCUGCACAAAAUGCAAUGAAAGCACUUCAAAAUAGGUCAUUGAGAUCUAGGAAACUUGAUAUACAUUAUUCAAUUCCAAAGGGCAAUGCUCCAGAGAAGGAUAUUGGCCAUGGUACGCUGAUGAUAUCUGGUCUUGAUUCAUCUGUUUUGAAUGAUGAACUUAAACAGAUUUUUGGGUUUUAUGGAGAUAUUAGAGAAAUAUAUGAAUUUCCACAAAUGAAUCAUGUCAAAUUCAUCGAAUUUUAUGAUGUUCGAGCUGCAGAAGCUUCUCUUCGUGCAUUGAACGGGAUCUGCUUUGCUGGGAAGCACAUCAAGCUUGAACCUGGCCUUCCCAGGAUUGCAACAUGUAUGAUGCAGCAGUCUCAGAAGGGACAAGAUGAACCUGAUCUUGGUCAUAAUCUGAGUGACAGCUUAUCCUUAAGACAUAAGGCAGGAAUGUCAUCUGGAUUUAUUGCAUCUGCUGGCUCCUUGGAAAAUGAAUAUAAUCAGGGAUUUCAUUCUGUGACACGGCCAACUUUGAAUGGUUUUAUUGACAACUCAUUGUUUUGUGCAAAUUCUAACAUUCUCAAGACUGCAAGAGGGGCAUCUGCUGGAAAAGUAUCUGGUGUUUGUGAGGCUAGUAAUGCUAUUGAUGCAAUGAAAUUUGCAUCCGUUCCAAGGUUCCAACCUCAUUCUUUGCCUGAAUAUCGUGAUAGUUUAGCUAAUGGCAGUCCUUUCAGCUUUUCAAGCACCAUUAGCAUGGCUGCCAAUAUGGCAACUGGAUCAAUGGAAUCAUCUGACAUCAGGCACAUUCAGGGAAUGAGCUCAACUGGGAGCCUGGCAGAAUUUAAUGCAGGAGGAAAUGGGAGUCGGCCCCAUCAUGGACUUUAUCAUAUGUGGAAUGGCUCCAACUUGCAUCAGCAACCUCCAUCAAAUGGCAUGCUUUGGCAGAAAACGCCAUCCUUUGUUAAUGGUGCUUGUGCUCCUUGUCUUCCACAGAUACCCAGCUUUCCUAGAACACCGCCUCAUGUGCUGAGAGCAUCACAUAUAGACCAUCAAGUGGGAUCAGCACCAGUUGUUACAGCCUCACCCUGGGAAAGACAACAUUCUUACUUGGGAGAGUCACCUGAUGCUUCUGGUUUUAGAUUGGGUUCUGUAGGAAGUCCUGGUUUUCCUGGUAGCUGGCAGUUGCGUCCUCCUGAUUUUUCUUCUCAUAACAUAUUUUCUCAUGUUGGUGGGAAUGGUACAGAAUUGACGUCCAAUACUGGGCAGGGCUCUCCUAAGCAGUUGUCACAUGUUUUCCCUGGGAGACUUCCCAUGAUUUCGAUGUCUAAAUUUGAUUCUACCAAUGAACGAAUGAGAAAUCUCUAUCCCCGUAGAAGUGAAGCAAACAUUAACAAUGCUGAUAAAAAACAAUAUGAACUCGACCUAGGCCGCAUAUUGCGUGGGGAAGACAACCGAACAACACUUAUGAUAAAAAAUAUUCCCAAUAAGUAUACCUCAAAGAUGCUUCUUGCUGCCAUAGAUGAGCAGUGUCGAGGAACUUAUGAUUUUCUGUAUUUGCCAAUUGAUUUCAAGAACAAAUGUAAUGUUGGCUAUGCAUUCAUCAAUAUGAUUGAUCCGGGUCAAAUUAUUCCAUUCCACAAGGCUUUUAAUGGGAAAAAAUGGGAGAAGUUCAACAGUGAAAAGGUAGCUGUACUAGCCUAUGCCCGGAUUCAAGGAAAAUCUGCGCUUAUUGCUCAUUUCCAGAAUUCAAGUCUGAUGAAUGAAGAUAAACGUUGUCGCCCUAUUCUCUUCCAUACAGAUGGGCCAAAUGCUGGCGAUCCGGAACCUUUCCCCUUGGGUAACAAUAUUAGAGUGAGGCCUGGAAAAUCUCGCAUUAAUGGUAAUGAGGAAAAUCGCAGCCAAGGGAAUCCGUCAACUUUGACAAUUGGAGAAGAGUCUGCUAAUGGAAUAGAAUCUUCAUUGAGUUCCUCAAGAAACUCUGACUGAUUUAGCCUCAUGCACUAACAGUUGAAUAUUGCAUGUCAACUCCAAGACUGUAUAUUUACAUUUUCUUUUUGUUCGCGCAAGAGAGGAGUUGGAGCCGGUAGGAAAAGGGGGCUCACAAUUUUUGCCUAUAGAGGAGCCUUACAAGGGUUUUUGGAGGUUGAGGUACAUAACCAAAAUGAAGUCACUGAUUCUAGUAUUUUUGUUAUUUUCCUAAUAUUUGCAUCAAGUUCUGCUACCAGCUUACACGUUUAGAGAACGGCUUAACUGAAGCUUAAAAUUUUGGCUAGCUAUUAAUGGACAUGUGACAAUUUGCAGUUCCCUUGAGUCAACGUGCAUCAUUGCGGUUUCAAGGGUGCUUUGCUGGUUUUGUUUUCCUUGUUUUGUCUUUAAUGUUCAUAUGUAAUUUUGUUUCCAUAUAUAAGGAUUUGUUGUCCAUAUAAUGGAUUGUUGAGCGAAGAUAUUUAAAUGGAACAUUUACUUCGGUGGU